AGCUGCGUUCUGAGGAGGGAGGGGGGAGGGACUGUGCCAGGCCCUUGUGCUUACUGUGGGGCGGCUUUUUCAGCCUGGUGUGGUAUUUUCUGGAGGUGUAUUUCCAAUCUGGUGUAUUUUCCGGACUACAAAGGGAAGGGUUUACCGUCCUUCAUCAUAGCCAGAAGAGUAAAAUCAGCAAAAUGGCAACUGCUCAGAAGCAGAAGAACUGUACGAGUGCGGUCGUGUUUCCCAAUAAAAUAACCACAGAGCAGCAAUCUCUGACGCUGGUGAAGAGGCUCUUGGCGGUGGCAGUGUCCUGCAUCACGUACCUGAGGGGGAUCUUCCCUGAAAGUGCCUAUGGGACAAGAUACCUGGAUGAUCUAUGCGUCAAAAUCCUGAGGGAAGACAAGAACUGUCCUGGCUCUACUCAGCUGGUGAAAUGGUUGGUUCCUGGCUGCCCUCCCUGCUGUUUAGAAAGGAUGUUAGGAUGCUAUGAUGCCUUGCAGAAGAAAUAUCUAAGAAUGAUUGUCCUAGCGGUCUAUACCCACCCGGAAGAUCCUCAGACAAUUACUGAAUGUUAUCACUUCAAAUUCAAGUAUACCCACAACGGGCCACUCCUGAAUUUCAGCAGCAAGAGCAAAGGGAGUGAUUCCCCGAUCGCCUGUGCAGACACCAAGAAGGCAAGCAUCCUCCUCAUUCGCAAGAUUUACGUUCUGAUGCAAAACCUAGGUCCCUUACCAAAUGAUGUCUGCCUGACCAUGAAGCUGUUUUAUUACGAUGAAGUUACACCACCUGAUUACCAGCCUCCUGGUUUUAAGGAGGGUGAAUGUGAGGGGAUGAUAUUUGAGGGAGAGCCCAUGCACCUUAGCAUGGGUGAAGUGCCAACGCCUUUCCACAUGCUGAAAGUCAAAGUGACAACUGACAAACAGAGGAUGGAAAACGCCGAUGAGAGCAUACUGAAGCAAGGAGAUACUGAUCAGCCUCUCCAGGUGCUCAGAGUGGACAGAGAUGAUCCAGAAGAAAACCAGCACAUGGAUGAAGACCCCGUGUUAGAUAAUAAAGUGGAAGAUGAUGAUAACCGCGUGAAUACUUUGGAAGCUCAAGAACCGGGUGUCCCUGGUGGAGGAGAUGAAGUUACGAAGGCUGGAGAGAACAGGAGUGUGUACGUUUCCAAUCGCCAGGUUGAUCAUUUGGCAAGUAAGACAUCUGAACUGAAUAUGUCAGAGAGCAGGACAAGGAGCGGGAAGAUAUUUCAAACCUACAUCCCCGAACCCUCUUCCAGUCAAGACGUGCUGCCAAAAAGGAGGAAAAUCAGUGAGCCGAAGGAGCAGUUUUAGACACCCCUCUCCCAGCUGUUGGAUUCUAGGGUGCUUCUCCACACCACUUCCCUUUGGUUGUUUAAUGAGAUUGUUAAUAUUUCAGUGUUCUUUCAGGGACCUUGUUCUAUUUGUAGUCAAGUUGUUGUGGGUUCUAAGGAAAAAUCUACCAAGAAGCCAUGUGGAGUAAAUCAGAAGUUCCUUUCUGUAGGAGGUUGUAUCCCCAUAAGGAAUGACAGAGGCUGGCUACUGAUGUGUAACUCUGGGAUAAAAAAUGAAAAAAUCUGUAACGAAGGUUAUUUGGGGAAUGGGGGCUCCCUGCUAAUAACGUGCUUAAACCCUGCAGUGUGAGAUUUCACUGGUAACAUUUUCUGGGCUGUAUGUCAAAGCUGAGGAGCUCCUUGGUCACAACCUGCCCUCCAGGGCCCAAAAUCCUCGAGUCUCGGCGUUAAUUUUUGGAGCAGGUUUUCUUAAUUUCUGGAGCAAGUUUAAGAAAGCUGUUAAGCUGUGUUACAAUUCUUGGUUUUACUACAAAGCAAGCAGAUCUGGAACAGUUGCGGAUGUUUGAUUCAUUCUUUCCAGACCAAAGGCACCAGACAAACAAUAAGCAAGCAUUCUCCAUACCUUUAACCACGUAUUUCUUGCCAAAAUACCAGGAUUUGUGUACAGUUGUUCAUAUAUAUUUACAAAGGGUAUGAACCUGGCAGGCACCGGUUCUCAGGGUGUGAGAUGAGUUGAAAGAGAAGCCUGAAUGUAUCCGAAAUGAUUAAUUGCAGGAAUUGGAAAAGGUUUUGAGUUGUUCUGCCAAAAUAAUUGUUCUUUUUUCAUGUAGUAUAAAAGAAUUGGAGGGAAGCUGUUGCACAGCUCCUGUGUUCAGAUGUGGAUAGCUGAGCAUUUCUUGAUACAUUUGAAUUUAAACUGACAUCUUUUUAUCUUAUUUCUCCAUUAAAGCAGCAUUCAACUGUGUG